AUGUCUUCAGCCACAGGUAGGGAGCCAGCCACCUCCACCGCCUCUGCCAAGGCUUCUUAGCCACACUCUCUGCAGCCUCAGUGGCGCCAUCUGCGCCCACACAGACGUGCCCCUUCAGUGGCACAGAAAAGAGGGAGGAAGCAGCUGAGGGUCCAAGGGGAACUUUCCCUUUUGCUUGAAGUGUAACUGUACACUUGAAACCGAGGCUGCGCACCUUCAAAGCCCAACUUCCCUGAAGAAUCCUGGGAACUGUGGUUUGCAAAGGGUGCUGGGAACUGUAGUUCUGUGAGGGAAACCAAGCCUUGUGAGGAACAGUUGAGGGAGCUGGGGAUGCUGAGCCUGGAAUGGAGGAGACGGAGAGGAGGCAGGAGAGCCAUCUCCAAACGCCUUCCAGGGGGAAGAUGGAGCAAGCUAGAUUUCUGCUGCUCUGGAGGGAAGGAUCCGAACCAAGGGAUCCAAAUGGCAAGGAAGGAGAUUCCGACUCAGCAGCAGGAAGCAACUUCUGACAGGAAGAGAUGUUCAGCAGUGGGAGGUGGGUCUCGGUCAGGGAUUCUUGAGCUGUUCAUUCCUGCAGACCCUCCAAGAGUCCGUAUUUUCCAGGGAGGUCCCUGAUUUAGAGAAGCCGUCCUGGUUUCUGAUUUGAUCCUCUGCGGAGUGUCCCACUUUUCCUUAGGAUGUCCCUAUUUUCAUUGGAGGAAUGUUGAAGGGUAUGGAAUUAUCUGACUCCCGAGCCAUGUGAAGGCAAUCCUGUAUAGGGAAGGGUUUUUUAAAAAAAUGUUUUAUUGUGUUUUUAUAAAUGUUGGCGGUAACCCAGUAAGAUGUGUGGGUAUGAACAGUAAAAUCAUCAUUCUCUAUUUUCAUCAGGGAAAUUUUAGAGGGUAUGUUCCUGCACUGCAGGGGGUUGAACUUGAUGACCCUUGCGGUCCCUUACAAUUUUAUUCUAUGGGGGCAUUUGUGAAUGGCCAUUUUCAACGUGGUGCAGUAGCAAUAAAGAUAAUGAUUUGUCCAUUCGUCUUAUGCCGGUAUUUACUCGUUUAUUUAUUCCUUGCACUUCCACCAAUGCCUUUCUGCCGAGGUGCUAUACAAAGUUAAAAUGCUAAGACACAUCCAUGAAUGGAUGGAGGACGUACAGCUGGCCCAGUGGUGGCCUUGGGGACAGUGUGAUGGGGGAUACGCUGGGCUCUUCUUGGCCUGACUGCCCCCUCUGUACGCCGGUUCCCUCAGCCAAUAAAGCGAGAUGAGCGCUGCAACCCCAGAGUCGGCCGCGACUGGACCUAAUGGUCAGGGGUCCCUUUACCUUUUACCUUUCUAUAUCAGCCAAGGCAAGUUUGUUGUUGUUGUUGUUGUUUAGUCGUGUCCGACUCUUCGUGACCCCCUGGACCAGAGCACGCCAGGCACUCCUGUCUUCCACUGCCUCCCGCAGUUUGGUCCAACUCAUGCUGGUAGCUUUGAGAACACUGUCCAACCAUCUCGUCCUCUGUCGUCCCCUUCUCCUUGUGCCCUCCAUCUUUCCCAACAUCAGGGUCUUUUCCAGGGAGUCUUCUCUUCUCAUGAGGUGGCCAAAGUAUUCAAGCCCCAGCUUCAGGACCUGUCCUUCCAGUGAGCACUCAGGGCUGAUUUCCUUAAGAAUGGAUAGGUUUGAUCUUCUUGCAGUCCAUGGGACUCUCAAGAGUCUCCUCCAGCACCAGAAUUCAAAAGCAUCCAUUCUUCGGCGAUCAGCCUUCUUUGUGGUCCAGCUCUCACUUCCAUACAUCACUACUGGGAAAACCAUAGCUUUAACUAUAUGGACCUUUGUUGGCAAGGUGAUGUCUCUGCUUUUUAGGAUGCUGUCUAAGUUUGUCAUUGCUGACCUUUGUGGUACAAGGAGGCUAACGGGCAAAGAAAUGGAAAGAAGCAGAUCUUUGCAGGCAGGCAUUUCAGAUGCCUCAAAGCAGCACUUUUGCUGCUCAGCCUUACCCUGAGCUCCAGCCACUGCCAUUCACCAACCAGGCACCUGGCUAGACCGUGGCUAGACCACCUCCUUUCUCUCUUAACCCAUCAAAGCCAUCUAAGCCAGUGGCCAUUGCAGCAUCCUGCAGCAGGCAGUUCCCGAGGUUCACGACGCGCAAAGGAGCACUUUGCACCUUGUGAGCUGGGGAGAUGUUCCCUUGGGGUGCAGGGCUCCGGGGCCAAGCAAUGAGCUGGUGGAGACUCUUGCUGCCUGCCCAUGCUAACUGUCUCUCUCUCUCCCCCUGCUCUCUUUCCAGGCCUUCGCCACCAGGCACGCUGCCUGCUCUUGGCCCUGAUCUGCAGCAGCACCUCCUUCCAAGGUAAGGCAAAGUGACCACGGGGAAGAGAUAACUCUCUUUAACAACACCCCCUCCCUUUAAAACCCCCCAUUGGCUUUUUAGAAGUGAGUGAUUAGCAGCCAGGGAUCAGCUGCCCCACAACGUUCACAGCCAGACCUUUCCAGAGGGUCUGCCAUCACCUUUGGCAACAUCUCGGUCUGGAAACCCAGCCUGGUGAGGAACGGUUGAAGGAGUUGGGUAUGUUUAGCCUGGAGAAGAAAGACAAGUGAUGUGAUAGCUGUCCCAGACAUCUGAAGGCAGCCCUGUUUAGGGAAGCCUUUAAUGUUUAACAGACUAUUGUAUUUUAAUAUUUUGUUGGAAGCCACCCAGAGUGGCUGGGGAAACCAGAUGGGCUGGGUAGAAAUAAUAAAUUAUUAUUAUUAUUAUUAUCAGGAAGAAUUUUCUGGUGGUAAAAGCUGUUCAAAUGUGGAACGGACUCCCUUGGAAGGUGGUGGACUCUCCUUCACUGGAGAGUUUAAAGCAGAGGUGGGGCGUGUGUAUGGAUCUGCCAGGGAUUCUUUAGCUGAGAUUCCUACUUUGCAAGGGGGUUGGACUGGAUGAGCUUUGGGAGCCCUCUUCCAACUCUACAAUUCGACCCAGAACAAAGAGCAUGUUGACUCUUUGGUGGGACUGAGGCAGGGGCCUAAUCCAGAGACUCCAGAGCCAACAGUGGGUGCGACACCAGAGCAUGGAACUCUGACACAGAUGUUAAAUGCAAAGGGAGAGCCAAGCAGAAACUGUCCGCCAAUCCCUGAGCAGACUGUUCCGCAGGCUUUCGUGGCACAGGGCUUGCCAGCGCUUGGGAACCAGAUGGUAAGGGGCAGUGGUGGUCUGCCAACAUGCUCAGGAUGACUUCAAAGGGUGCGUGCCCUGAAUGCAUUUGCACCUUUCGGAAAGCGCUCUCUUUUUUGCAACACAAUAAGCAGGUCAAGUCAUGGUUCUCCAUCUGAAACCGCACACCAGUCAUCUUGGGGGGCUAAGAGGUCAUCUGGCUUACCAAGGGUUCCAGGUUUCCUUCUCAAGAGUUUUCUCUUUUCAGAUGUAGCCGCAAAUGUGCAGCCACACAUUUCUUCUGACCUUGUCGUGCAGAAGCCUUCCUGCGGUGAGUCCUGCCCGCUUUGCACAAGCAAGUCAGACCGGCUUGAGAGGGGUGCUGGGGGUCCGGGGGGGAACGAUUGGUCCAUGGAGGGACGAUAGCCAAUGAAGCCUAGCUUUGGGAACCUUUGCCCCCCCCCCCCCCGGAACAUGAAGGUUGCCCCUCCAAGACCCACCAGGAGCAGCUGGAGCCGUCCUUAGUAUAGAGCACAAGACUUGUCAGGAAGAAUCAGUCAGCCUCUCCUUAGAGAACUCCCAAUAUUUAGAUGCAGAAGGAUUAAAGCCCCUACAGGGAAUGAUUUCUUUGCACAAGGAAUAUUGCCUCAAAUCCAGCAGGUACCUCAAAGCAGCCCACAAGCAGCAAGCUCGUGGGUCCCCAAUGAAGCUGGAUGUUGGGAGACUCAGGAGAGAGAAAAGAAAGGACUUCUUUAUGAAGCACGUAGUCAAACUGUGGAACUCCCUGCCACAGGAGGCAGUGAUGGCCACCAACUUGAAUGGAUUUAGAGUGGGAUUAGACCAACUCAUGGAGGAGGAGAGGGCUAUCGAUGGCUCCUAGUCAGGCUGGCUUUGCUCUGGCUCCACUGCGGGGGGAAUCAAUGCUUCUGAAGGAGGGGAGGGAGUCUUGUGUUCGAAUCCCGAUAGUGUGUUUCCCGUAGGGGUACCUGGUUGGCCACUGUGAGAAGAGGAUGCUGGACCAGAUGGGCCAUUGGCCUGAUCCAGCACCCUCUUAUAUAUUUGCCCACACCUGGGCAGCCAUUUGGAACUUGUAUUCCAGAGGGUGGGGGAAGCUGGGAGAGCCUGCUAGCCCCCCCCCCCAAUUUAAAGGAGACUUCUGGUACCUUCAGAUUGGAAGGUGUGGAGAACAGUCAUUUGGGGGGGCAGAGAAGACUUGGCGCGCUCACUGCCAGUGUUCUCCCUGCAAGGCAUUUAUUGAAACCAGCCGGACCCCCACCCCCCACAAAGAGGGCUUCUGGCUGGCUGGCACACGCACACACACACACCCUUUGCUUUCUCAGUGUCCAUUCAAGAUUGCCCAGAUCCCCCCCAGGUGUACAGUCUGCCCUCUGCACCCCAGUAGUUUCUUUCUUUUUUAAAAAAACUGAUACAGCAAGAAAAAAAGAAAAAACACAAAUACCAAAUUACACACAGGAAUAACCAUAGACACAUAAUUUUCUUAACAAACAAUAAAACAUAAAUUGCUCUUAACACUAAAGACCCAACCUCCUGUCUAUUCCAUAUUUCGAUUUCAUACACACUUUUAUCAUAAUUAAACUUUUUCUUAAUAUAUCUAAUUUCUUAUAUCUACCUUGCAACUAUUACUGAAGUUCCUCGAAUGCUGCAACAGAAUUUAAACUGCACCCCAGUAAUUUCAUGCGCCAUGUGCCUGGUCCUCCAGAACCACUCCCUCCAAAGGGGUGGCCGUUUGGCCUUCCUUUCGGACCCUGCCGGGUGACUCCAUGUGGUCUCUCCUCCUCCUCUUCAGGAAAACAGAUCCGCAUUCUGUGCGAGGGCUACACAGAUUACGAAGACAGUGGCAUCAUGUACUGGCUGGCCAACGGCCAGUUCGUGUCGGAAUUGUACCCACGUGGAGAAGUGAGCGAGGGGCGCACUGAGUGAGUAAACCCUGCGGCUUCCAGGGGACCCGGCAGUCGGUCAAUUUCACUGCAAGGGGUUGGGCUAGAUGGGCCUUGGGAUUCCCCCCCCCCACAAAAAAACCCUGCAGUUCUAUGGUUCUGAAAUGUCAGAGCACCGCCGUUGCAUGCAGAAGGUGCCAGGUUCAGUCCCCAGUGGCAGCCCCUCCAGGGAGGGCUGGAAACCCCUUCCCUUCUGACCCCGUGGAGAGCGACUGCUGCUGGUCGGAGGAGCUCGAUGGAGCAGCUGCCUGACUCGCCUUGAAGGCAGCCUCUCAUGGACGGAAGGUCGGGGAAAUGGUUUUCCAUGGUUUCCCCAUGAGCCCACAAGGGGCCACAAGGAGGAGAGGCUUUGCUCGGGGUCCAGCCUUUCCAUGUGGCCUACAGCUUUCAGAGGACCUGCCUCUGCUGUUGCACCUGGCCACGUUCAAGGUGGUCCAAUCAACGGCUACCAGGGAUGCGGGUGGCGCUGUGGGUUAAACCACAGAGCCUAGGACUUGCCGAAUAGAAGGUCGCGGUUCAGAUCCCCGCGACGGGGUGAGCUCUCGUUGCUCGGUCCCUGCUCCUGCCAACCUAGCAGUUUGAAAGCAGGUCAAAGUGAAAGUAGAUCAAUAGGUACCACUUGGGCGGGAAGGUAAACGGCAUUUCCAUGUGCUGCUCUGGUUCGCCAGAAGCGGCUUAGUCAUGCUGGCCACAUGACCCGGAAGCUGUACGCCGGCUCCCUCGGCCAGUAAAGCGAGAUGAGCGCCGCAACCCCAGAGUCGGCCACAACUGGACCUGAUGGUCAGGGGUCCCUUUACCUUUACCAGCCACAAUGGCUAUUGCUCUGUCUCCACAGCUGGAGGUAGCAAUGCUUCCGGGCGCUAGUUGUUGGGAACUACAGGAGGGGAGUGGCUCUUGGGCUCGGAUCCUGUUCACUGGCUUCCCACGGACACCUGCUCGGCCACUUUGAGAUAAAAGGGUUGGGCUAGGUGGGCCACUGGCCUCACUCUGCAGACUCUCCUUACGUGUAUACGAAGCCCAUAAUAACUUGGGACCAGUUACUUGCAAGAUCACCUUACCCCACAUAGAAUCAGAGUUGGGACCCCCGAGGGACAUCUAGUCCAACCCCCAGCCAUGCAGGAAUCUCAACUAAAGUAUCCAGGUGCCCGCUCGACUGCGUCGAUCUGUGGAACUGGCAGUGUUACAGGUGUACAUUAUACCUGUUCUGCUUUUGUAAGAAAUCAAUCUUAAGUGUGCUAGUACUUGCACUCCGGAACUCCCUGCCUAUUGGUGCCAGGCAGAGAUGUGCUCUUUUGGGCCUCUGCAGAAAAACCCAGAAUGUUUAGAACGCCCAUGUGUUUUUAGGUCAUUGCUGGCUUUAAACUUUUCCCAACAAUUUAAAGUUUUUGCUAAUAAUCUCGCCAUGUUGCUCUUUUCGUCAGCCUCUGAGGCUUUUCCAGAACCAAGCAGUGUAUAAGUUUCAUGAAACCAACACUAAAUAAAGGCACACACUUUCCCCAUCUCGUUCUCUCCCAAGGUCUGCUGUCCCCCUUCCGACUUAUUUUCUGCCUUUUUUCUCUUCCCCACCCCAGGGAGAAAGCCAAGGGCGUUGGCCUGUCCCUGAAACGGGAGCUGAUCAUCAACACCUUCACAAAAAAGAUACAGAACACAAGAUUUGAAUGCAUCAUCCUCGAUCCAGCAGGCGCAGCGCGAAAGGCUGUCACCUGGAAGCUGAAACCGCGAUUCAGGAAUCAGCCUGGCAAAGUCCCAGAGCAGAUCGACAGCAGCAGCGCCUAAGGACUUUUGAGCAAGAGCUUCGGAGGUAAACAGGCAGCUCCCCUAAACGCUCUGCACCUUCCAAUUGCUUGUGUGCAAGAAUUGUGAGCGCGAGGCCCUGCCUAGAAGAGGAAGGACUGGACCUGUGAAGCACCACAUUUCUCUCCAAGCGGAAGAAACUUGUUGCAGCAAGGAGCGUGCAUUAUGCAAAAGUGUUUGCUGGGCACACACAGCAACGCUGUCCCCAAGCUUUCCAGAUGUAAAGGUCUUUAAGCAGAUGGCCACCUGUCAGAUACUUUAGCUGAGAUUCCUGCACUGCUGGGGCUAGGACUAGAUGGCCCCUGGCAGUCCCUUCCCACUCUACAAUUCUAAAUGCAAAACAGGUUUUGUCAUCUUGUUAAGGUGGCAGCUGCCCAGGGUCCCCCUUCGCCCUGUGACUCAAAAACGGCAAGGCCCCACCUUUGUGCCUGUUUAUGGGCGAUUCUGAGAGAUACUCUCCAGCAAAGAGGCAGCUGCAAUUGUUGGCAGUCCCAGGUGGGGUAGCAGGGCUUUCUCCGACAAGAUAUGAGCCAGUUAUGCCAGCACUGAGUUGAUCUUGCACUCCUCUGACGCUCUGCAUUGUACUGACACAGGCCUGCAGCCUGACACUGUGGCCUCAUUAUUUCCCCCCAAAAUAUACACCACUUGUUAAAAAAAUGCCCACAAAGUGGCUUGCAUGCAUAUGUGUGUGUCAUAUGUGUGUGUGUGUGUGUGUGUGUGUGUGUGUGAGAGAGAGAGAGAGAGAGAGAGAGAGAGAGAGAGAGAGAGUUUGCGUAUGAAAGAGAGAGAGAAUUGUAGUGUUGGAAGGCACCCAAUGGGUCAUUUAAGCCCCUGCAACCUAUUUUUCUUCCUUUAUGUAUACAGUGGUACCUUGGUUCCCAAACAGCUUGGCGCCCGAACGCUGCAAACUCGGAAGUGAGUGUUCUGGUUCGCUAACGUUUUUCGGAAGCUGAACAUCCGGCACGGCUUCCGAUUGAGUGCAGGAAGCUCCUGCAGCCAAUUGAAAGUGGCACCUUGCUCUUCAAACUGUUUCAUGAGUCAAACGGACUCCCGGAACGGAUUAAGUUUGAGAACCAAGGUAUCACUGUACAGUGGUAUAAUAGCCAGGCUUCCCCAACCUGGUGCCCUCCAGAUGGUUUGAACUACAACUCCUAUCAGCCCCAUGUUGGGGGAAAGCUUGCUUUGUAGGGACAGGAGAAAUUGCCUCCUCCCUACAUCUGAUGAGGUGGGUUCAGGCCUGUGGCAUCUUGUGAUACCUACAGUAGCUGCUCUGAAAACCAACCCUCUUUGUGUGUUUCGCGGUUCCGCAGGGACGCAAGAGACAGGAGGGCAGCACAGCAGCACAGCAGCUGA